AUGACUACACAAUCUUAUGAUACAUUUCAAUAUCCUAAAUCUGCCGCUCCAGUGGCGGCCGCUGAGGAACCAGCGAUGCCUACAGGAGAUGCCAAUGCGUUACCGGUGCCUUCCUCGCUGGAAAAUGAAAAGGAUUAUGUAUUUUUCCAAAGGGAUACGAGUCAUAUCAGCAAGACGACGCUCGAUGCGGCCCGCAGCGCCAAAUUGCGCUUGGAACAUUCAUAUCGAAUGGCUGUGAGCCAGGCAGUGGAGCGCAACCAGCGACGCAUUGACCUGGAAAAGAAGUUAGUGAAUCCGCCAGAUGGCGUCCCUGUGUCAGUGGAACGGAAAGCAAGGCAGUUGGCACAGCUCGGUCGACGUGAGACCAGUUUCUUGAGGCUGCGUCGCACACGACUGGGCCUGAGCGACUUCCGUACAGUCAAGGUGAUUGGCAAGGGCUCCUUCGGCGAGGUACGCGUUGUACAAAAGGUCGAUACUGGCAAAAUCUAUGCUAUGAAGACGCUGCGAAAAGCAGAGAUGUUCAAGAAGGACCAGCUCGCGCAUGUCCGUGCUGAGCGCGACGUACUUGCAGAAUCCAAUUCUCUCUGGGUCGUGCAACUGUACUAUUCAUUUCAAGAUGCAGCCUACCUGUACCUGCUGAUGGAAUUUUUACCAGGAGGUGACCUCAUGACGAUGCUGAUCAAGUACGACACGUUUUCCGAGGAUGUGACGCGCUUUUAUAUUGCCGAGUGUGUGUUGGCAUUAGAAGGUAUCCACCAGUUAGGCUUUAUCCACCGCGAUAUCAAGCCCGAUAACAUAUUGAUUGACAGUAAAGGGCACAUUAAGCUGUCAGACUUUGGUCUCUCAACGGGAUUUCAUAAGCAGCACGACAGUGCCUACUACCAGAAGCUCCUAGAGGACCCACGGCAGCAGGCGCACAAUAACCAGAACAAUCGAAACUCAGUCGCAGUGAACAGUAUUACCCUCACGCUGAGUAACAAGGACCAAAUCGCGACGUGGAAGGCCAACCGUCGCAAGUUGGCCUAUUCGACGGUGGGAACGCCCGACUACAUUGCCCCCGAAAUAUUCUUGCAGCAGGGUUACGGGCAAGAAUGCGACUGGUGGAGCCUGGGGGCGAUUAUGUUUGAGUGCUUGUGUGGGUACCCGCCGUUCUGCUCGGACAAUCCCCACGAUACCUACCGCAAGAUUUUGGCGUGGCGCGAGACGCUCCGCUUCCCCGACGACAUCCACCUCAGCCCCGAGGCAGAGGAUAUGAUCCAUCGACUUGUGACUGCACCGGAAGAGCGCCUAGGGCGCAAUGGAGCACAAGAGAUUAAGGAUCAUCCCUUUUUCGCGGGUGUGGACUGGACCACGAUUCGCCGAAUCGACGCACCUUUUGUGCCCCAUCUGACGAGCGUGACCGACACGAGCUAUUUCCCCACGGAAGAAUACCAAGAUGUGCCCGACGUGCCUCCCGGUGCCGAAACCGACGUGGGUGCCAAAGACCUGGCCUUCUUAGGCUACACCUAUCGCCGCUAUGAAGCCAACGAGAACGCACUCUAA